AUGGAUGACAAUGUAAAAAAUAUCAAAUUACUUGAAGAAGUAUCAUCAAUUGAACAAAGAAUUGAUACAAUUGAAAUAAACAUCGCCAAGAUCAAAAAGAUUCAAGAAAAAAUUAUUAUAUCUGUUGCUACCACUGAAGAAUUCGCUUUAGCACAAAAACGUAAUCAGAUUGUACAUAACACUAGAGAAAUUUUAAAUGAAACAAAAGAUCUUAUCAAACGGUACGAGCGUAAUACUCGUGAUUUACGUUCUGAUCAUUCAGAUAAAAAGUUUAGAUCUGAACGGCUGAACCACCUAAAAGAAAAAUUCAAGAUAGUUUUGGAUACAUAUACUCAAGCUGAAAAUACUUAUUUGGAUCAACGAAAGGGUAGAAUGAGUAGACAGUAUAAGGUAGUAUAUCCAGAUGCAACUCAAAAAGAAAUUGAUGAUUAUCUUAAGAAUACCUUUGAUCAACCAAUAUUCACUAAUGCACUGCUGGGAAUAAGAGAAGCAAAAGAUACUUUGGCAGAAGUGCGAAAACGACAUAGUGAGAUUAUAAAGAUUGAACUUACGAUUAAAGAGUUAUUGGAUUUAUUAAAGGAUUUAAAAUUACAGGUUGAUGAUCAAGAUUCGGAAAUAGUCUCCACCGCUAUUGAUAUAGAUAUCGCUGGGCAGAAAAUAGUAAACAUUUCAAGAGAUUUGAAUGGAGUGAAAGUCAAUAAGUCUAUUAGACGAAAGAAAUGGUUAAUUGCAGUAAUCACAACCAUCGUUAUCUUAAUUUUGGUUGUAUUACUUAUUAUUUUACUUGGAGAAAAUUCUUGA